ACCAAAAGAUGGCUACCCAUAGGCUCUGAGACAAGAAAAGGCACGGCCAGAGAAGGAGGGAAAGAAAGCGAAAAGAGACAAAAAGUAGGCAAGAUACUUCCCAGCUCCAACUUUAUUUCCUUUUAUUAGUUUGUGUUCUGAAAACAGACCUGAUGGCUGCUGGUGGGUUGGGACGGAGACCAAAGGAGUGAGAUCCAACAUCCUUUAAACAGAAGGCCAUGCAUGUCGCACUGCGGCCACGCAGUGGUUGCCUAGUGCUCUGCCUGUGCCUGUCUGUGUUCACCCUGCUGCUGCAGAGUCUCUGGGUGCCACUUGAGAUGACCAGAGAUGAACCUGCCGGGAGGUCACCUGAGGAACAAGGUCAGCAUGGUCUCGGCUUUCGUAAGCUGGCUCUUCGCUUGGAGGCGUUGAGUACUCAGGUGCAGAGGCUGACCAGAGAGAGAGACAACACCCAGCUGACAAGAACUGAUCUCAGCCUGUUACUGCAGAGCUUUAGACAGGACCAGCAAGGCUUAGCCCACUUAGUAGAGAGAGAACUGAAGAGAGUGUCUCAGAGGCUUGACCAGCUCAGCAGUCAUCAUCACCAUCAGUCUCACACACCAUCACCUCUUGAUGACCUCAGAUUACACACAGGGACCAAUGAGAAGUGUGAGGUGCCAGUGGAUCCUGCAUAUCCGGUGUGUGCAGAGAAAGUGGAGUUUCUGCGGGCCCGUUGGCAGUCAGACCCCUGUUAUGCUUUUUAUGGGGUGGAAGGUACCACCUGCUCCAUACUUACUUACCUUAGCCAAAUAGAGGACUUUUGUCCCCCUCGUCUUGGAAGAAACCACUCUGCCCUGCCGUGGCACCAGAAACCUCACUCUUUCACAGAGAAGGCUGAGAUACGUACAACUUUGAGCCCACUGUAUGAGGUCAUCAGCAAAAACAGUGGUCCUGCCGCAAACUUCAUCCAGUCCAGACUGGAAAGGAUGUCCGAACGGUGGAUACAAGCUGGUCAGAGGCUGAGGCAGAGCAGCAACAAGACUGUCUCGGCCCAGAUGAGGGUGCUUCUUUAUCCUGGCACCCUGGCUGGGAGUGUUGGCCAGCGGUUUGAAGCCAUGGUGAAGAGAGGCGGUCCUCUAGGGGAGCUGGUCCAGUGGGCUGACCUCAGUGCCUGUCUAACAAUCCUGGGCCACAACUUAACAUUCAGCUACUCACAGCACCAACUCCACAGCCUGAUUGGUGCUGCUCCAGGCCGAGGCAGUUGUCCAAUCCAGAGGCCAUUGACCUUUGACCUCAUCUACACUGACUACCACGGCCUUGCUCACCUUCAAGGUGCCAUGGGACUGGCUUUCCUGCAUUACCAGUGUCACUUCAGAAUCCUGGAUUCUUUUGGCACUGAACCAGUCUUUAAUUUGGGGAGUUAUGCUCGUAGCCAUGGGUAUAAAACACUGUGGGGCAGCUGGGGUCUGCAGCCUCUGCAGUACAUGACCAUGUUCCCUCAUACUCCAGAUAACUCUUUCCUGGGCUUUGUGAGUGAGGAGGCAGUAAGGGAGGAAGAGCCAGAGGCAGACACCUACAGGAAAGACGGGAUAGCUGUUGUCUACGGCAAACAGGACUACAUGUGGCAGGGUAAAUCUGAAUUUGUGGGGCUGAUCAGUGAAGAGCUGGAGACCCAUGCUACAGUAUACCAGCUUCCAGGAUCCGCUUCUAAUCUGCCCAGCUUCAUCAGAAACCACGGCCUGCUGACUCAGGAACGUUUUCUACGCCUUCUCCGUAAAGCCAAGGUGUUCGUGGGCCUUGGGUUCCCCUAUGAGGGUCCGGCUCCCAUUGAGGCAGUAGCUCUAGGCUGUGUGUUUCUUCAGCCGAGAUUUGACCCACCGCACUCAUCAGACAACAAUGCUUUCUACAGAGGAAAGCCUACCACAAGAAAGAUCUCUUCCCAGCACCCGUAUGCUGAAACGUUCAUUGGCAAACCCCAUGUGUGGACUGUAGAUGCGGCCAACAAGACUGACGUUCGUGAGGCAAUCAGAGCUAUUCUUCACACGCAGGUGAAGCCUUUCACUCCUCGAGAGUUUACGUGCGAGGGAAUGCUGGAGAGGGUUCACAGUUAUAUCACUCACCAGAAUUUUUGCAGUAAAUCUGUCCCUACGUGGCCACCAGAAAGUGCCCUAAGGAUACACUUGGGCCCCCUUGGACAGUCAUGUGUAAAUGUGUGCCAAAGUUCUUCCCACAUAUGUGAGCCGGCUCUGUUUCACCACCUGAACAGUCCCGCUGCAUUCACCAGACUUGGGAUAGGCUGCUCCAGCAUGGGGCAGGAAGUGAACCACCUGUUUCCUUCCUACAUCCCCUGGGGUCGACACUGUGGCCUUCAGCAGGAACCUCUACUCUUCAGUUGUGCUGGCUCUGACCCUUCUCAUCGCAGACUGUGCCCCUGCAGAGCUCACCUGCCCGAACAGGUGGCACUGUGCCCUGACUGCCUCUAAACAUUGUGAAAAAAACUCAGGAAAUCUCGGAAAGAGAAGAGGAAAAAAGGUAGUAAGAUGAAGGCAGCACCAAAGAGCCAAUCUGCAAUGCAUACUGUAUAGGUAAAGAAAAGAUCUCAACCAAAGAUCAGCUGUUCUGCCAAAGCUACUGAAAGCUUUGCGCUCUUGUUUGUGGAGCUCACACCUCUUAAGAAGAUAGAGUAUGUGCACUGUAUUUCAUAUGCACACUGACAUGCACACUGACUCUAUCAUUUCUAGUGUCCCAGUAAUCUGAAGGAAUCAUCUCAGUCAGCAUCCUUGACAUUUAGGUUUACCCAACAAGGUAAAGGUUUAUAUCAGGGUCAUUGUCACAAGUGUUAGUUAAAAGGUACUUAUAAGAUGCUUACUGAUAUUAUUAUGUGUCUAUAAUACUACACAAGUGUUCAUAAUAGCAUUAUAAACACUAUAAAUACAUUUAUUGUUAGAAUCUAAGACAUUUAUAAGCCCUUGUAAGAAACAGUUCAUAGGCUGCAAAGCAAUGUUAAUAAGGCCUUAUGAGUUUCUUAUGAUUGUUCAUAAUAGUAAACACAGAUUUGUUCAUAUAGGAGUGGACAUUAGUGGCAAUUUAACUUUUCACAUAUCAAUCAGUAUGGAUGAAGCUGUGCCAAGUACGCACAGUUUACUUGUAUGAAAUAUAGCAGUGUGCAUCCACUUGUUCGGUUUGUCGAAUACAGUUGUUAUAGAUUAAGACUUUGUU